AUGCCGCACCCGCUGGAGGGCAAAACACAACACAAAACCAGAUUUUUCUGUUCUKUUCCCUGCAGGUCAGUGCUGACUGUGGCCUGUGAACAGACUGAAGUCCUGCUCUUUGACCCAAUAUCUUCAAAGCACAUCAAGACUCUCUCUGAGGCUCACGAAGACUGUGUAAAUAACAUCAGGUUUCUGGAUAACAGACUGUUUGCCACGUGCUCCGAUGACACGACGAUAGCACUCUGGGACUUGAGAAAGCUGAACACCAAAGUAUGCACGCUGCACGGCCACACCAGCUGGGUCAAAAACAUCGAGUACGACACCAACACGAGGCUGCUGGUCACCUCGGGGUUUGAUGGGAAUGUCAUCAUCUGGGACACCAACAGGUGCACAGAGGAUGGAUGUCCCCACAAGAAGUUCUUUCACACCCGUUUCCUGAUGAGAAUGAGACUGACACCAGACUGUUCCAAAAUGCUCAUCUCCACCUCCUCUGGUUACCUUCUGAUUUUGCACGAUCUCGACCURAACAAGUCUUUGGAGGUUGGCAGCUACCCGAUUUUGAGAGCCAGGAGGACCACAUCGAGCUCAGACAUAACCUCGUCAGGCUCCUCYGGCCCUCGAGCUGUGGGUUCACCCUGUCACCAGAAUGACUCGGGGCCGCUGUCUGAGAAAACCUUGUCACGGCCCUCCCAGCGAGAAGGGGGAUCGCCCAGGAACAGCCUGGAGGUGUUAACACCAGARGUUCCUGGAGAAAGAGAUCGUGGGAAUUGCAUCACCUCGCUGCAGCUGCACCCCAAGGGGUGGGCUACGCUGCUCCGGUGCUCCAGCAACACAGAUGACCAGGAGUGGACUUGUGUCUAUGAAUUCCAGGAAGGCGCCCCGGUGCGCCCCGUGUCCCCRCGCUGCUCGCUGCGCCUCACGCACUGCAUCGAGGAGGCCAACGUGGGCCGGGGYUACAUCAAGGAGCUGUGCUUCAGCCCCGACGGCCGCAUGAUCUCAUCCCCGCACGGUUUYGGCAUCCGUUUGCUGGGUUUUGACGCUCACUGCAGCGAGCUGGUGGACUGCCUGCCGCGGGAAGCCAGCCCCCUGCGGGAAAUCCGCUCCCUCUACUCACACAACGACGUGGUGCUGACCACCAAGUUCUCCCCCACGCACUGUCAGAUCGCCUCGGGGUGCCUUAGCGGACGCGUCUCCCUCUACCAGCCAAAGUUCUAGGCACGGCAGUGGGACCUGCGGAUGGAUGGAUGGAUGUUUUGUGGGCAUUCCUUCAGCGGAGAGGAAGUGUGCUCUCUCCAGAAUUUCUGAGUCCAGAGGAGGUUUCGCAGUUGCCGUGAUCUGGGGAUGUGACGGUGGAAGGAUUUUUUUCCAGGCCAGCACCACGCGCCGUGUCCAGCCCUGCCAGCAGACCUGUGCUCCUGCUGAUCCUGUGCCAUUGGGCUGCUGUCCUGCUGUGUUUGUACCCUGAUACUUGAUGAUUUCCUUCAGCACAACUCAAAAAUGGGCUGUUUGGAACAAGGCAGAGGGGCAGGGUGCCUCCUGUCCCAGAGGAGCUGGACUGCCUCACCUCUGCUUCCUCUUCUGCCACCGMAGCAACUCUGUGGUAAUUAGUAGAUAAUGAGCUGCUUGUCCAACAUAAGCAACACGGUUAGUGACUCUCACCCCCCCCCCAAAAAAAAAAGGAAAAGAAAAAGGAAUUUUGCUUUCAUUUUUAUGUUAAUGUGAUGAUUGUCAUUGGCUAGGAAAAUGAGUCGCAGUGUGGCUCAGGGUGGCAGGGACCACAGGARGUCACCCAGGCCCACACCCUGCACUAGCUUUAGGAAGAACCCUGCCCCAGAGGAUUUCUGGGGGUCUCUGCAGUCUGUGGCUCCUCCACUGCAAGGUUUCUGUUGCAGGGGGCUCUCCACAUCAUUCCACAUCUGAAACUCGGUGGCUUUCUGCUGACGUUCAGGUGUUUCCCACCUGGCUGUUUUUACACCUACACCUCGCCUGCAGUCUUGCUGUGGGAGAAAUUCAUCUGGAUGUGUCCCUGGUAUCAACAGAUGAGCCUUUCUUSACAUGUGCUGUCUGUUUGGGAGGGGAUGAAAAGCAAACCCAUCGCCAGUGAAAUGUAGCUGGAUCUAACCAGGUGUGAAACACUGUGAAGUUGAGAUCUCAUUGUUGUCUGGAACAUCCUCCUGUGGGGCAGCAGAGGGGCAGGUACUGAUCACUUCCAUGAUCUGGGACAGGGAACGGCUGGAGCUGGGCCAGGGCAGGCUCAGGCUGGAGAUCAGGAAAGGUUCUUGUGUCCCCAGAGGGUGCUGGCACUGCCCAGGCUCCCCAGGGAAUGGUCCCAGCCCCGAGGCUGCCAGAGCUGCAGGAGCAUUGGGACAGGGAUGCACAGGGGGGAUUGUUGGGGUGGCUGUAUAGGACCAGGGAUUGGAUUCAGGGAUCCUGAUGGGUCGCUUCCAAUUCAGCAUAUUCUGUGAUUCAGUGGUCACAUCCAAAAUACGAAUGCCAGGUUUCAGCAUUGGAGUUAAUAAAGCUAACCUUGUAAAUGCGUAGGUAUUUCAGUCUUGUACAUCCAUAUCAGUUUGUAACGUUCUCGUCACUUACAUGUUCCAARAUGGGGUUUUUUUCUUUAGUGUUUCACUAAAGUUUUGCUGUCACACACUYGGUUCAGCAGGCAACUUUACCUGAAAAGACUGUCACCUGCUGGUGUUCAGGUUCRCUCUCUCUGGCUCCAUGGAGCACACUUGUUCAAAGCUGACUCUUACAAAGCCUUUUGCAAAAUGUAUUUGGGGAUAAAGACAUUUAUGGACGUGAGAGAGUUGGGAAGAUAAGCCUGAGGAUCCUCUUGUAGCUUUGUAUUUAUGUGGGUAGUAUACCCUGGUGUUAAUGCAGAAAUCAUUGAAACUUAAGGCUCCUCUGCCUUAUGAGAGAAAAAAAAAUGCCAAGUUUCCUCUUUUGGAGAAUUUCUUUGGUGAUACAAAACCUUCAGUUUUGUGUGUUUGAUAAUCUGAGGACAAACAUCCCUUCUGCUGGCCUGAGCCUGUGCAUGGGGCAGGUGGAUUGUUGGAGCAGCUCAGGGCACUUCCCUGGGCUGUGGUUCAAUGCCCUGGCAGUGAAAUGUGCAGCAAACUCGGGCACAGGUGUGGGAUGCAAGAUUUUUAUGCAAAGGAAGAGCUACAAGGAGUUUGAAAGGGGCCAGGGUGUUUGGGGAAAAAAAAACUCAGGUCCUGCUCUGGACCGCAGCAGCUUUUCCCCAAGCAUUUGCUGCCCCACUGCCAGGCUGCUGUUUUCUCACCUUAUUUAAUGUUUUAUUACACAUCAUGGAAAGGACUACAGGCACAUUUGAGGGAAUCUUACAGUUCUCACAGGCUUGCACAGUGUUGGAGAUAAAGGAGCACCCACAGGAUCUCAGUGGUUCUUGGGUGGGUCUGUCUGUCUGCUUUCAAGGCUGUUUUUGUUUUUCCUGUCAGAAUUUCCUUGGGCUGGUGGAUCUCUAGUGACUGUAACGCUAUGCCUGUGAAUAUGCACUGAGUGUUACUUUUUUAAUUCUACCUCAUGAUACGCUGUGUUUUACACCAGUAUUGUGCUGAGYAUUGGACACUCACCUUUCUGUAUAAAGGACCGUUACCCCAAAGUGACAGAUGUGUCACCCCUCCUGUGGCUGGCUGGUGGCCCUGCCAGGCUCUGGGACCCACAGCUCACCUGGCGAAGGGGUUUGGUCACCUUGAGGCUUUUGUAGCGUGUCCAGCAGAUGCAUAAAACGACAGAAUCUGUAYAUGUACGCUGUAGGAAUGUUAACUUAGUUCUUCUGGUGACAUCUAUACGUUUGAAUUAGAGUUAAGUAGGUAAUCUUAGAUUUUGGUUGAUUGAUUACUCCUUUUCAACAACACUUGGGAAGUUUUCCACGAAGGCUUUACCAUGUUUUUCUCGUGGAGUUCACUGCUCAGUGGCUUAUAGCUGACAUGCCUCACAGUCAUGUGGUGGUCCGAGGGUUUUCAGUUCCCUGAGUAACGUUAGGAAACAAUGAAAAUUAUGUGUUGGUGAGCUUUGGGUUAUUUCUAGGUAGUCAAAAAAAAA